CUGAGUUUGAGGAGACUAAUGCAAAGGGAGGAGGAGGAGGAGAAAAAGGAGGAGGCUUCGCACAUGUGACAGCCAUUGGACGUUCGCACCCGUCGAGCAGAGGAUAGAAUCUCUCCAUCUGGAGCUGCGCGCUUUAAAAACCAGCCAAACAUCACCAGCGCGGUUCUGCCCACGCACCAUGCGAGCUGGAGAGAGCCACCCCGGGCCAUGCUGAACAAGUGUCCGACCCUCCUGCUGGCUCUCACCGCGGUGGCCGGACUUGUCCAGCGAUGCCAGGGCUGGAGCGACGAGGACCUGCUCCUGCCGCCCGCCAACUCCUCCAACAGCUUCCUGUCCAACCUGGAGGUGGACGUGCACCUGUCCAAGAGGUCCGCGGAAGGGAGCGAAGCCUCGCCGGACGCGUCGCCGCUGCAGACUGUGUCCCAGUGCAACGUCAGCGUCCAGAGACUGCUGCCCGCCUCGCUGGUGGCCCGCUGGGACAGCAGCUUCGGCUUCCAGUGCGACGUGCUCAUCUACACCACCAACAACCACGGGCGGGCUUUUUUCUCCGCCUCCUUCAACCGCGCCAUCUCGCCGGUGGUCAUCGAGCACCUGGGGACCACCGGGGGUCAGCAGGAGUUGAGGCUGUGCGUGGGCUGCGGGCUGUCCAGCUACAGGAGGCUGGGCCCCGCCAGGCAGAGGGGCCAGCAGAGCGGGGACCAGGUCAAUUUCUGCUGCGUGGAUUUCAGCCUCGACGAGCUGAAGGGUGACAAAAGUUGGAGGCUGAACAGAAAACCCAUCGAGUCGACACUUGUGGCUUGUUUCAUGACUCUGGUCAUCAUCGUGUGGAGUGUUGCUGCUCUCAUAUGGCCGGUUCCUAUCAUUGCAGGCUUCCUGCCUAAUGGGAUGGAGCAGAGAAGACCCAGGUGACUGACCUGACCUUUACAGCCUAAUAAUAAUUGUAGCCAUUAUACUCUCAUUGCCAACAUUCAUGGAAGACUGUUUAUUGACUCUCAAAGCUCCUCAGAGGACCAAGGUAUGAAUGUAUGACCACGUGAAGGAACUUUAUGCUGGGAUCAAUGUGUUUUUGUACAGGCCUUUUAUAGCCUAGCUCAGUUCUUCCCAACCGACACACAAACCGGGGAAAAAAAGGUCACACGCUAACAUAGGAUUGUUCAACUUUAAUGUAUAGUCUAUCAUUUAGUUUGUAUUUUUCUUUAAGAACACAAUCCCAAAAAACGACACCCUAGGUCAGGGGUGUCCAAAGUGAGGCCCGAGGGCUAUUUGCGCUCCAUAGUUGGUCGGCAGCAUAUUGGUGGAGCAAAAUCUAAGAAAAAAACACCAUUAAAAAUGUGAGCAGAAAUAGUUCUUCCCAACCGACACACAAACCGGGAAAAAAAAGGUCACACGCUAACAUAGGAGUGUCCAACUUUAAUGUAUAGUCUAUCAUUUAGUUUGUAUUUUUCUUUAAGAACACAAUCCCAAAAAACGACACCCUACGUCAGGGGUGUCCAAAGUGAGGCCCGAGGGCUAUUUGCACUCCAUAGUUGGUCGGCAGCAUAUUGGUGGAGCAAAAUCUAAGGAAAAAGCACCAUUAAAAAUGUGAGCAGAAACAGUUCUUCCCGACCGGGGGAAAAAAAGGUCACACGCUAACAUAGGAGUGUCCAACUUUAAUGUAUGUUUUAUCAUUUAGUUUGUAUUUUUCUUUAAGAACACAAUCCCAAAAAACGACACCCUAGGUCAGGGGUGUCCAAAGUGAGGCCCGAGGGCUAUUUGCACUCCAUAGUUGGUCGGCAGCAUAUUGGUGGAGCAAAAUCUAAGAAAAAAACACCAUUAAAAAUGUGAGCAGAAACAGUUCUUCCCAACCGACACACAAACCGGGAAAAAAAAGGUCACACGCUAACAUAGGAUUGUCCAACUUUAAUAUAUAGUCUAUCAUUUAGUUUGUAUUUUUCUUUAAGAACACAAUCCCAAAAAACGACACCCUAGGUCAGGGGUGUCCAAAGUGAGGCCCGAGGGCUAUUUGCGCUCCGUAGUUGUUCGGCAGCAUAUUGGUGGAGCAAAAUCUAAGGAAAAAGCACCAUUAAAAAUGUGAGCAGAAACAGUUCUUCCCGACCGGGGGAAAAAAAGGUCACACGCUAACAUAGGAGUGUCCAACUUUAAUGUAUGUUUUAUCAUUUAGUUUGUAUUUUUCUUUAAGAACACAAUCCCAAAAAACGACACCCUAGGUCAGGGGUGUCCAAAGUGAGGCCCGAGGGCUAUUUGCACUCCAUAGUUGGUCGGCAGCAUAUUGGUGGAGCAAAAUCUAAGAAAAAAACACCAUUAAAAAUGUGAGCAGAAACAGUUCUUCCCAACCGACACACAAACCGGGAAAAAAAAGGUCACACGCUAACAUAGGAUUGUCCAACUUUAAUAUAUAGUCUAUCAUUUAGUUUGUAUUUUUCUUUAAGAACACAAUCCCAAAAAACGACACCCUAGGUCAGGGGUGUCCAAAGUGAGGCCCGAGGGCUAUUUGCGCUCCGUAGUUGUUCGGCAGCAUAUUGGUGGAGCAAAAUCUAAGGAAAAAACACCAUUAAACAUGUGAGCAGAAACAGUUCUUCCCAACCGGGGAAAAAAAUGUCACACGCUAACAUAGGAGUGUCAAACUUUAAUGUAUAUUUUAUCAUUUAGUUUGUAUUUUUCUUUAAGAACACAAUCCCAAAAAACGACACCCUAGGUCAGGGGUGUCCAAAGUGAGGCCCGAGGGCUAUUUGCACUCCAUAGUUGGUCGGCAGCAUAUUGGUGGAGCAAAAUCUAAGAAAAAAACACCAUUAAAAAUGUGAGCAGAAAUAGUUCU